AUGUGGAACUGGGGCGUAGAGUUAUGCCGACUGGCAGACCAUGAGGAACAUAAUCCCGAGUAUGCCAAUGGUUCAGGGGCUUUGGAUUCAGAGAGUAUCUCCUUCGGAGACACUGGAGUUCUGUCUUCCGGUACAGAUAUGACAAUGGCACAGACACAGCUCACUCAAUAUGCUCUUUUUCAAGGCAUGUUUUGGAUCAAAAAGCCCCUCCGGGUUUUCUCCGAAAACUGUUCUUAUUAA